CGUAUGCAACUUGUCGCGGUGCAUCGCGCCGCUCGACGCGGCUCAGUCUUCGCGCGCUACACUCUGCCACCCGGUGACCAGUAGUAGUGUGAUCCAUUAUGUGACUAGUGAUUCUGUGACUUGUGACACCCUUUAAACACGUAAAAUUAUUCGAAAAAAAAAUACACCCGAAACGACGCGUACGCAAAAGAAAACGGUUAAGAAGACGAGCGGACCGGACGGACGAACGGACUUCCUCGAAUCGAAAAUAAGAAAACGCAGAUUUAUUGUAUUUUUUGAGGAAGACCGAAAAUAUGGCCAUCAACUUCUCGGCAUCGUUCGCUGCUUGCCUGGCCGCCGGCCUCAAAGUACCCCGGCAAAUAAUGUACUGCAUCUCGCAAGACACAGCAGCGCCGUACGUACUUUACAAAGAUGGUAUGGAUAGGGCGCAAACUCAAUGGGGACCACAAGACGCUUACCCACCACCCCAGCAACAGCCCACACCUCAAGGGGCCAGCAGCCCACCGCAACCCUGCGGUCCUACGGCUGUGCCGCCCCUUGGGGUGGAGGCUGAUGCGGUCACUCAAAGAGACCAGGUCAGUAGUCUUCCGUCCCCCGCCCCAUCUCCCUACCCGGCCACGCAAGCGGAACCGGUGCGAGAAGACACGGACCCCAUCCAGCCGGAAGCGCCUACCAUGGACCUCGAACCCAGACCGGCGUCGCAACAGUGCUUUCCCACCGACCUGCAGCAACAACAGUCGGUGGCGGCGGCGGCCGUCGCCCAACAGCAACAGGCCUACCAACAGUAUGCCAGGGCGCCGCCACCAGCCGCCCCGCCUCCUGGCGUACCGGGGAUGCCGCCCCACAUGCUCGGAGCCAACUUCUCCGCCUUGCAGUACCUCAAGCAACCGGGGAUGAUGCUGACGAGCUUGGGCUCUGACGGAACGUAUUUUUCAGCUAAUCAACUCGACCAAUAUGCAUCUAACAUGCAGGACCUACGAAGCGCAUCCUUGCCAGACGUUAUCCAGCAACAACAGGCAGGUUUAAAGAAGGCCACUAAUGGACUUACAGGAGAAUUAAGGCUGUUUAAAUGUCUGACGUGUGGUAAAGACUUCAAGCAGAAAAGUACUCUCUUACAGCACGAGCGGAUCCACACGGAUAGCCGGCCGUACGGGUGUCCCGAGUGCGGCAAACGUUUUCGCCAACAGUCGCAUCUGACGCAGCACCUGCGCAUCCACGCCAACGAGAAACCGUACGCCUGCGUUUACUGCGAACGGACCUUUAGACAGCGCGCCAUCCUCAACCAACAUUUGCGGAUCCACUCGGGUGAGAAGCCGUACGAGUGCCCCGAGUGCGGGAAACACUUUCGGCAGAAGGCUAUUCUCAACCAGCACGUCCGCACACACCAAGAUGUAAGUCCACAUUUGGUCUUUAAAAAUGGUAUAAACCCGACCCUAUGGCCCCAAGAUGUACCCUUUCCUCCGGACGAAGGCAAGGAAGAGGUGACUUCGACAUAUGGGGAUGGUGAAAAUGGAACGAACGAGAGGACGAAUUGUUUUUCACCAAAUGGCGUUGUAGGAAAUUUGCAGUAUCCAGCUUAUUUCAAAGACGCCAAAGGUAUGAACCAUUCUGUUUUUGGAUCCAGUGGGAACUUUAAUGCCCUACAAUACCUCAAACAGGGUCAAGGGAAGGGUUUACCAGAUGUUAUUCAACACGGUAGGUCGGCAGGGAUGCCUUUAUACGUUAGAUGUCCAAUUUGUCAAAAAGAGUUCAAACAGAAGAGCACGUUGUUGCAACAUGGGUGUAUACAUAUCGAAAGUAGGCCGUACCCAUGUCCAGAAUGCGGGAAAAGAUUUCGACAACAGAGUCACUUGACACAACAUUUAAGGAUACAUACAAAUGAAAAACCAUACGGUUGUGUGUAUUGCGGAAGAAAUUUUAGACAGCGAACCAUUUUAAAUCAGCAUCUCAGAAUUCACACAGGGGAAAAGCCUUACAAAUGCACACAAUGUGGAAAAGAUUUUAGACAAAAAGCUAUUCUUGACCAACAUACCAGGACACAUCAAGGGGAUAGGCCAUUUUGCUGUCCAAUGCCAAAUUGCAGGCGAAGAUUUGCCACAGAACCAGAAGUAAAGAAGCAUAUAGAUAAUCACAUGAAUCCACAUGCAGCUAAGUCGAGAAGGGAUUCUGCAAGUUCUGAUGGAAAAUUAGCUUCUAAUGGUAUGUUACCAAGAGGAUUAACUCCAUCAAGUGUGGUCAAGCCAGAAUUAUACUUUCCACAAUGCUAUCCCAGCUUUAACCCACCAACAAGUGUGACGCAGUUCCAAGCUGCCGUAAAUCCAGACUUUAAGUCUCCAAAUGGAUUACCUACCCAGUGACUAACCGCCAGCUGGCAACUGGGCCCACCCUGUAUUGGGUAAAAUAAGUGCCCUGUUGCCAGCUUCCUCGUGGUCGCCAAUUUCUAAGGACUUUUUGGUUUGUUUAUAAGUUGUAUUUAUUACUUGCUAUGGUUUUCUUAUGGAAAUAUCUACAAUGUUGGUAUUCCUAAUGGGUGAAACGUAUGGUGCUGAUAUGAAAUGGACUUUUGAGGUCUUUAUGCAUGUUACGAACAUGCAUUUUGAUGUUUCUACCGUAUAUAUAGAAGUAUUUUUAAUACAUUGCAGGAAGCUCCUUUAAUUAUAGUAUAUCUGAGCAAUUGAGAUUGAAUUAUUUUAAAGACUGAGUCAAGUAUUCUAGUUUUUGAUUAUUUUUGUAAUUAAAUCAUCAAAUGUAUUUUUACUAGGUAUUAUGAUUUUUUUUCACACAACAUAUAAUUGAAUUUUGUUAUAAAAAAAUGUGAAACCACAAAUCGUAUAUGUUUUUAGAAUAUACUAAUUGAAAUUAUAAAAAAUACACUGAGUUGAAAUUGACACGUUAAGUUAAAUUCUAUAUUCUAUCGUCAUUUAACUUUGGAACUUUAGUAAUUAAUUACGCAUAUAAAAUUAUGAUUAUUUUAAUUACACUAUUAAAUUAAUAGUACAUUUUCAUUAUAUGAAAAUAAAUGAGUACUGUGUAAGAAGGUUUGAUAAAGUAAUUACUGUUUUUAUUUAUAUAAUUUACAAAUACAAUUAAAUGCUCAAAUAGGCGAAUUUAGAAUAGAAAACUGACUGAUAUGUAAAAUAUUAGUUCUCUUCCUAUAUCUACAGGGUGUCUCAGAUUUUAAUCGGGAAAAUUUAAUAAACGACA